AAGUUACUACACGCGAUGGUGAGGAGGACAAACUUGUGUUCCAGCUUCUGUCAUGUAUCCAUUGAGACAAGAGGAGAAGUUUGCAUGUCUGAACAGACUCUGAACAGACUCUGAGGAGCUCGUGACUGAACUUAUAUCUUCAUUACCUUGCUUUAUGUGACGAUUCAAUAUGGAUGAACUGGGAGGAGCAGAUAAAAAGUGAGGCAUCAGAGACUGAAGCAGUUUAUCUGAGAGGAAGUAUUCCCUACGCACAUACUACGCAAGACAUCAUGUCCGCCUCCACGAAGCAGGAGAGAACCAUUUGUGUUCUCCUCCCCAACAAAGACCAGUUGGACAUCAACGUCGGGCCCAAGUCCACAGGGCAGGAUGUUUUUAGCCGUGUGGCUGAGCUUCUUGGAAUCAAAGAGCUGCACUUCUUUGGCCUCACAGUGGUGAAGGACAAUGAGCACAUAUUUUUAGACAUGGAGGAGAAACUCACCAAGUACUUUCCCAAGGAGUACAAGCAAGACUCAGGCAAGGGAUCACUGAGGAGACUCCUGCCGCUAGUCCUGUUCCUCAAAGUGCAGUACUACAUAGAGAAUGGUAGACUACUUUGUGAACGAAAAGCACGGCAUCUCUACUACUCUGACCUGCGGGAGCGGGUGCUUCGCUCUGAAUGUCGUCAGCAGGAGGAGGCCUACUUCCAGCUGGCAGGUUACGCCCUGCAGGCUGACCUCGGUGACCACCCGCUGCCCAGGGAAGACAUGGAGACUACUUCAUACUUUGAACCCAAGGAGUACUUUCCCCCCUGGAUUAUAGCUAAGCGUGGAAUAGACUAUCUCCUCUGCCAUGGGCCUAAGGUGCAUCAGGAGCUGUGGGGCAUGUCUACUCGGGAUGCCACCCUUCUCUUCAUCAGGGAGUCGUGCAGACUGGAGGAUGUACCUGUCACAUUUUACAGACUACAAAAGGACAAGAAAGAAGAGAGAGGAACGGCUUUGCUCGGACUGACCCUGAGAGGAAUGCAGGUUUAUCAGGAGGUGAACAACAUACGACAGAUGCUGUACGACUUCCCCUGGACAAAUGUGGGCCGUCUCACCUUCCUGGGGAAGAAAUUUGAGAUCCAGCCAGAUGGUUUGCCGUCAGCCAGAAAGCUGGUUUACUUCACCGGAUCAUCGUUCCGCUCUCGCCACCUCCUCCUGCACCUGAGCAGCAGCCACCGCAUCUACCUCAGCCUCCUGCCGUCCCUCAAACACCUACGUAAGCUGGAGGAGACCGAAGAGAAAAAGGGUUACAGGGAGUCGUACAUCAGUGAUGACUUGGACUUGGACCCCCAAGGCAGCGAGAGCAGCCCCGGUCUGUCCCGACGCUCCACCAGCAGCUCCGGAAUCGAAGCCGAUGCUCGGCAACACAGCCUCUCCGCAGAGAUGACCUCCAUGGAGGAGGACGGUCAGCAGCAAGCAGAGAAGUGCUUCAGCUCAGCAACCAGCCGGGGCAGCUCCUGUACGUCUGGGUUCGACACAGGAAGUAAGACUCGAAUGGAAGACGAGGGCUGGCAAGAGGAAGAGGUCCAGUCCAGUGUUGGAAGUCCAAAGGAGGCUCUUGUGGAUGACCCUGAUGAGAUGUUCCAGCUGGCUGAUCUUCUUGAAGGAGUAUCGGUGGAUUGUUCACAACUCUUCCCAGAGACUCAGUCAUCAGAAAACGAAACGUGUCUCCCGAACAGCGACGAAGAUCUUGUGAAUUUACGCAACAAGGAGUUAUCAAAACAGAUCCAGAUACCCAGGGCACAAGUCUGCGUGGACCGACACAGUCACAGUUUAGAUGAUGUACGUCUUUUCCCACCUCCUGCGCCUCUUGGGACGACCCUUCCACCUGAUUCCUCCCACAGCUACACCUUUGGCCUCCCAGACGCUUCAACAAACACAAAGACCCCUGUUGAUCACUGUUACCCCCCUUUACACUGUCAAGCCAAACCUUCCUUCUACGGGCGCAGGUCAACCAACUGCCUCUCACUGGACAUGCUAGGUGACGACCAGUUCCUGGAAUUCAUACUUUGAAAAUAUGGACACUUACACCUCCUUUUAUUCACAGUGCAACUUAACCCACCAGUUGCCAACAUAUGAAUGUCUCAGUGUUUCUUUAAUGUGGCGAUGAUGACAAAGAGGGAUGUGUGUGCUCCAAACUGCAGAGAGACAUUACUGAAAAUGACAGAACCCUACAUUCCUCUUUAAAAGUCAUGGAUUGUGACAGAUAUCUCACUCACAGAACAUAUUUAUUAAUGUUGUAUAUUGUGUAUAUACUGCUGUCACUAUUUUAUCACUUUUUAACCCCUGAGAAAAAACAUUUUACGUGAUUUUAAUGCCUUUUGUAAAGCUUGCACUGACAGCAAUGUUUUUAAAUGUCUGAAUAGGUGUUUUUGAGGGCAUACAAUUUAAUAAGACAUUUUAAGACCAUGUGGAUUUUAAGGCCAUGUGGUCAUGGGACUUCAUUUCCUCGCCCUUAGCCCUAUUUGCUAAUGUAAACAAGGCAAUUUCCUUGUUUUGUGCAGGAGAAUCUCUAUAAGCCACAGUGCUAAUGUUUGUUCUCCUGUAUUACUUUGUGUCUUACUUUUAUGAAUAUUUUUUUUAUAAUGUAUUGUAUUUUUGUAUAGAGUGCUCUGUCACGCUUUUCCUAUUAAGAGUACCACAGCAAUGUAGCCACUGAUGUGGAAAAUUGAUCCUCUUAACAGCUGGUAAUGCAUUCAUCCAAAGCUUUCCUAUUCUAUACUCGCCUCCUGCUGUCAUGAUUACAACAGAGAAGUGUUAUUUGUGAAGCAUUAUUGCAGCAACCAGUGAACGCAAAAUGAAUCUGCAGUAUUUUUGUAUUACGUAACCCCACAAACAACGAGCCUUUCUGUCUGCCUUUUCUCCAACAUUGUUUUCACUAUUUUGAAAAUGAUAAUUGGGAAACAAAAGAGCUGAUGUCCACGGCCAAUAUUCACUCACUCGGUAAGGUUGUCAGUUUAAAAAGUACAGAAAAAAUGUUUACACAGAGCCAACCAUGUAUGAAAUGACAGGUUUAUUUCACAAUACUGUUUUUAUCUGAAGCUGUGUUUUUAUGAUGGUGAAAAUAAAAUCUUAAUGCUCUUUAUAUAAAAGGUA